GCUGGCGCCUUGUAGUGUUAACUGAAGUACAAUUUGUAUGUAUGGGCGUGGAUAAACAAGACCUGUAUAGGUACGAUGAGAUUGCAUCCGAAGCGAGUUCUCACUGUGUUGUGUUGUGGCAUCUUACUUUUCAUCAUGAAAAACAUCUUCACCGAACAUCGUAUGACGUCAUCGGGGACAAAGUCAAGAUGGCCGCCAAGGUCUCCAUUCUGCAUUGAAGUCAACAUCUGUAAACACAAAACACACCCGACAGAUAUUUACUACUAUAAACGGACGAAUUUUUAUGAGCUUGUUGAAAGGCCUGUGAAUGUAAAUGCCACAGCUGACCAUGCUGUUCCUGUUGUACCAAGAAUAGUCCAUUUCUGUCUUUUCACAAAUGGGAAUGUUACAUUCCGAUUUCAUUAUAUGAUAGCAGUCCUUGCCGCGUCCCGUAUCGCGAAGCCAGAGAAGAUUUACUUCUGGCAUGACAACCUCCCGGUUGGUGAAUAUUGGGAAGAGACGAAACAGAAGGUGAAGAAUCUGUACCUCGUCCACAGAGACAGACCCACCAAGAUCAGAGGCAAUGACGUCAGGGUUAUAGAGCAUGUCGCUGAUAUUGUGAGACUCGAAGCACUGUUGGAGUAUGGAGGGAUGUAUUUCGACACCGAUUCUAUAGUCGUCAACCCAAUUGACCCUCUUUUAGUCCACGACGUCACAAUGGGUCACGCGGUACCAUGGGUUUUAGCCAAUGGAAUUAUGUUUUCUAAACCAUGGUCUGACUUCUUCCGAAUAUGGCACAAGACGUAUGCAGAAUUUGACGACAAAGUCUGGUCCAAACAUUCCGUCAUGAUGCCAUAUCUGUUAUCACAGCAACACCCAAACUUGAUUCACAUUGAGCCCACAACUCUCUGUCGUCCGAAUUAUUUAGAACUUAAAUACCUGUUUGGUCCUCUGAGAUGGAAUUGGGAGAAUAACAACUUUGUGGUGCAUCUAUACAUGAGAUUUGGUCCAAGGAGGAAAAAGGAACGGAACCGAGAAAAUAUAAAAACAUGGAACACAACAGCUGGUAGCAUCAUGAGAUACAUAUACUAUGGAGACGCAGAGUUGAUUACAGGAACGACCUGAUGCCUAAAUUCGAUGCUUUUUGAGGUUCACAAUUUAGCUGUUUUGACAUGUUAUAGUCGAUAACUUGAUAUAAACUAACGGGCAAAAGAAAUGAUACCAAGUCGAAAUCACUGAUAUUACAGAACGACAAACCACCAUUGUGAUAACAGGACAGUGAAUAUUAAUAACAGGUGUAUGGGCAACAUGCACUCAGUCACUCCAUUGGAGUUACUGUAGCAAUAAAAACAUGUCCAUUAAGUCACUGUAUAAAUGAAGGAAUAAAGUCCAAAUUAUCAAAUUAAAUUUUGGUAUCGUUUCUUUUGCCCGUUAGUUUAGUUGAUACGAGUUUAUAUUACCAUGUGAUGUUAGGAUCUAACAGUUUAUAUUACCUGGAAUGGCUGCAAGCCUGCUGAUGCUGGGUAAAGCAAUAUUCACUCACAAUUUCCUGCAUGUGCCAUUAGAUUAUCAUGUUAAAAUCCAUGUCAAGCUCAUGUGACUCUGUAUCUACUGAUAUAUUGUUGAAAUACUGGUGCUAAUGCCGCGGAAUUGUGCAAACCGUAUCUUAGAAUCAUUGUUGACCAUGAAUAUUGUUAACUUGUAGCAAUAAAAUA